AUGCAGCUGGACGAGCACCUCGAGCCGCGGCCUCCUCUGCCUGCCGAAGCUACACAGCUGGAGCUGCUUCAUGCGCAGAUGGCCUCGCUUCAGGCCCGUGUUCGCAAAAUGGAGGAGGAGGCGGCGGCGCCGUCGGCAAGUGGCAUAUUCAGCCUCAAGGAGAACUCGGUUCUCAGCACGGCGGCCGAGGAUGCGAGCGCAAAGGAGGGCGACCUGCUCGAGGAGGCGGACGUCUCCAGCGUCUUCAACAUGUACGGCUGGUGUCUCGAUACCGCCUUCGGAGACGUGCAGGAGUGGGGUGGCGUCAACCUUCUCUCGGCGAGCGGCAAGAUCCUGCUGCUUGCGGCGCUCGCCUUCAUCCAGCUUACCUUUGCCUUUGGCGUGUACGACGUCUCGAUGCUGUUCAAGCUGCGCGACGACACGAACGCCUUCAAGCCCUUCGUCGACAACUCGCUCUUCUACGCCGACGCGGCCACGGACGGGCGCGUGCCGAUCAUCAACAUCUACUGCUCCGCCUUCUCGCUCCUCCUCCUCUCCCUGCUCGUACGGCAAGAGACGCAAGGCACCAUCCUCUCGAUGUGCCCCCUCGAGCCCAUCCUGCUUCCCCCGCCGCCCGCGCAGCGGUACAAGCCGACCGCCCCGCUGACCGCCGCCGGCAUGGCGGCCGCCGUCGCGUUUAUCCUCGAGCUGGACGAGUUGCUGUACGAGCAGAUCGUGCCGCUCCAGUCGCGCGCUGCCUACGAGGAGCGGCAGAGCAACUCGCCCCGCGCCUCGUCCCCCAUCGCGUCGCGGCGCGGCCGCACGCUGGAGCCUUCUAGGCGCGGCCGCACGCUGGUUGGCUUCUACUCGAACGCGGUCCUCGCCCUCGAUUUUGCGAUCGGCCUCUGCUGCUACCUCGCGUCUGCCGGGGACGGCGGCAAGGAGAGCCGGCUCGUGCCGGGGCUCUACCCAAGCAGCGCCCUCCUCCUCGCGGCCUGCGAGAUGCACGUCAACUACGGUCCCCGCCGCGAGGUGCGGGCGCUGUGGGCCGACGAGUUCAGGGCGUCGCUCUCGCUCUGCUCCGCCGCGCUCGCAGGGCGCGUCGGACUCCUGCGCGUCCUCCUGUACGGCAUGGCUGUGCUCGGCUUUGCGUGCGCCGCCGCGCUGCUGCAGUCGUGGGGGGAGCAGUCCCUCGGGGGGGGUCUGGUCGAGUUCGUGCCUGCCAUCGGACAGUGCGUCGACCAGGCCUUUGACCCGUCCAGUGCGGACCCGAACGCGCCGCUCUGCGGCGCCCUCUCGCCGUCGUGCGGCGCGGAGCUGUACCCGCGCGGCAACGCCUCCAGCUACGCGGACUUUGAGGUUGCGUGCAAGGACCUGCACAACAGCGAGCCCUUCUACUCCCGCCUCCAGAACUUCAUCGCGGCUUCGCGGACGCGCGCCUUGUGGGCCGACGAGCUGCGCGUGCCAUCGCCGCUCUGCGGCGAGGGGGGCGGCGGCCCGCCGCUGUAG